AUGGGAAAAGUAAAAAAAAGAGUCCAACAUCUUUGUGAAAUUGCACAGAUCCCUAGGAAAAAUACCUUUAAGAAAGGUAAGUCACUAUUUUCACAAAAAAAUGAUUUAGUUGAGUGGAAUGAAGAGUUUUAUGAAGCAGAGUAUCAAGAAGAAUAUGAAGAAUCAAGAGUGGAAUUAAGCUCUGAUGAAAGUGAUGUGAUUGAAUGGGUUGAUGAAGAAG